UUGGGCUGAGCAGAAACGCAUGGAAAAGACAUUCCUCUAACUAUAUAGCGCGCGGUUUGGUGGUCAUAAUCGUAUUUGAGAAAGUAAUUCUAAUAUUCAUUUACACACAUUCUUUUCUGUUUCACUGGAACACUGGCAGCUGCAGCGUUAAAGACACCGAUAUGUGAAAGGUUUGUGUGAUUUUGCUAAAAUGCAUCACCAACAGCGAAUGGCUGCCUUAGGGACAGACAAAGAACUCAGCGACUUAUUGGAUUUCAGUGCGAUGCGAAACAGCGAUUUGAAAAUGUUCCCAACAUCAAUGAUGUUUUCUCCCCCCGUAAGCAGUGGAAAAAACGGACCAACAUCCCUCGGAAGCGGACAUUUCUCAGGCUCAAAUCUUGAAGACAGAGCCAGCUCUGCGUCGUGGGGAAACGGAAGCCGCACUUCAAAGAAUUACGCGGACGGCUCCCAGUACUCCCACAUGACAAACCGCGACUUGGGAUCACAUGACAACCUCUCCCCUCCCUAUGUCAACUCCAGGAUAGCAGGUAAAGGGGAGAGGGCAUCCUACGCCUACGGAAGAGAAUCCAGCUUACACGGGUGUCACCAGCCCAACCUCCUGGCAGGUGAGAUGGGCUUGGGCAGCCCCGGGGCCGUGUCGCCCAGCAAACCCGGGGCCCAGUACUACCAGCACUACAGCAACAACCCGCGACGGAGACCGCUACACAGCGACCCCAUGGAAGUCCAGACAAAGAAAGUCCGGAAGGUUCCCCCUGGUUUGCCUUCCUCAGUAUACGCCCCGUCCGCAAGCACUGCUGACUACAAUCGAGACUCGCCGGGGUACCCCUCCUCCAAGCCCCCCAGUGGCACCUUCCCCAGUUCCUUCUUCAUGCCAGACGGUCACCACAGUGCGGACCCAUGGAGCUCCUCCAGCGGGAUGACCCAGCCGGGCUACAGCGGCAUGCUGGGAAACUCCUCGCACGCCCCCCAGAGCAGCAGCUACUGCGGCCUGCAUCCACACGACAGGCUUAGUUACCCAUCGCACUCCUCAGCAGACAUCAACUCCAGUCUUCCUCCGAUGUCCAGUUUCCACCGCAGCGGGAGCAACCACUACAGCGCCGCCUCCUGUACAGCCACCACCAACGGCACCGACAGCGUCAUGGUGAACAGGGCGGCGAGUGGAGCCGCGAGCAGCUCUCAGACCGGCGACGCCCUGGGCAAGGCCCUGGCAUCGAUCUAUUCUCCCGAUCACACGAACAACAGCUUCUCGUCCAAUCCGUCGACCCCGGUCGGAUCGCCCCCUUCGCUGACAGCCCCGAGCACGGCAGUGUGGUCCCGGAACGGAGGACAGGGGCCCUCCUCACCCAACUACGAGGCCCCUCUGCACUCCCUGCAAAGCCGCAUCGAGGACCGUCUGGAGCGGCUGGACGAUGCCAUCCACGUGCUGCGGAGCCACGCGGUGGGGCCCUCUCCCAACAUGCCGAGUGGCCACGGGGACAUGCACAACAUCAUCGGGCCGUCGCACAACGGCGCCAUGAGCGGCCUGGGGUCCGGCUACAGCCCUGGCCUGCUGUCGGCCAACCGGCACUCCCUCAUGGUGGGCCCUCACCGUGAGGACGGCGUGGGGUUGAGAGGCAGCCACGCCAUCGGGCCCAACCAGGUCCCCGUCCCCCAGCUGCCCGUGCAGUCCGCCACGUCGCCCGACCUGAGCCAGCCUCCGGACCCGUACCGGGCUCUCUCCAGCGGUCUGCAGGGCCAGAGCACCUCGUCGGUCAGCUCCGAGAUCAAGUCCGAGGAUGAAGGGGACGAGAACCUGCAGGACGCCAAGUCCCUGGAGAACAAGAAGGAGGACAACGACAGCAAGGACCUCAAGUCAAUUGAUAGCAAUAACGACGACGAGGACCUGUCCCCGGAGCAGAAGAUCGAGCGGGAGAAGGAGCGCAGGAUGGCCAACAACGCCCGGGAGCGUCUGCGCGUGCGCGACAUCAACGAGGCCUUCAAGGAGCUGGGCCGCAUGGUGCAGCUGCACCUGAAGAGCGACAAGCCGCAGACCAAACUGCUCAUCCUGCACCAGGCCGUGGCUGUCAUACUGAGCCUGGAGCAGCAGGUCAGAGAGAGGAACCUGAACCCCAAGGCUGCCUGCCUAAAGCGCCGGGAGGAGGAGAAGGGCUCGACGGAAGGGCCCUCCCUGGCCCUGGCCGGGUCUCACCACAGCAUGGCGGACGGAAAUCCAAUGGGACAAAUGUCCAAGUUGCCAGAGUUCAUCAAAAUGAUGAGCGACCACUUCCUUUGACAACGUUAUCCUUUCCCCACAAACCAAUCAAACAAUCAAUCGAUUAAUCAAUCAAUCAAUCAGCCGACCAUUUGACCCAACAAUUUUCUCUCCUACCCUUACCCUUUUCUUGUGUAGAUGUAACAGCAAAUGUACAGUGGCUAAAGAAACAGACACAAGAGAUUUUCUAAGCAUUUUUUUGUGCAUUCCCGUUAAAAAAAAAGAAAAGAAAAAGAAAAGAAAGAGAAAACAUGCAACUUGAUGGACGACUCUCCAAACAUAUCAUUAGGAAUGUUGUAAAAACGAUGCGGAGCUGUCCAGGGCAGCCAUUUUGAGUGGCAAUCUUCUCCACACUGUGGAACACUUGCAGUCGUGCCUGAACUCCUCGUGGAAGUAUAAACGAAUAAAACUAUAUACACACAGUAUAUAUAAUCAACCUGUAGGUCUUCAGGGGACGGGGAUUUAAAAGAAAAAAAAGAAGAAAAAAAAAAGGAUAAUUUCGAAUUUCAUGAAAUUGUAAAACUUGCAAUAAUGAAAAAGUGUACUUCUAAACAGAACAGACGAUUUUAAGAUAACAUUUUGUUGGGGGGGUUCAUAGUUGGUUAGUGUGGCUGUGUACUACAGACGAGAAGCCCCUGCUGCCCCGAUAGCAACUUAAAACCAGCAAAUGUCCCAGUUCUGAGUUGAUUUUACUGGGCGACAUCCUUUGCCUGGGUGGAGCAGUCGUGUCUUUUCAGCCAUAGGGGAAGGCAGGCGGCGAUGUGUUAUGGCAGGUUUCAGUCAGGAGAACGCCGAGCGGUUAGGACCGGGACAGGCCCGGGCCGAGGGGCAGCCUGUCACGCGGUGGCAGCGGGAACGCGCUAAUCGCCCGGGCACCCGCGCCGCCGAUAGAGAGCUAGCCGUCCAUCACUUUGCUUUUUCGGUCUUACCCAGGUUCCUGUCGCCCAACCCCGUGCCCUCCCUUUCCCUAAGCCCCGCCCCCCCCCCCCUCUCUUCGCCCCCCGAAAACCCCCCGCCCCCCUCAAUCCCCAGAGAUGCAAUUUCAACAUGCUACACGUGUACCAAUGUGCCUUUUAGAGUUCAUAUCAUUAAAAAUGUGGAGGAGGACAUUGUUGGAACUUUUUAGGAUGCAAGCUUAGGGAAUCGUUAGUCAUUAGGUCUAUGCAGUCAGGUAUUUUAUGGCCUGGAAUUUAAAAAAAGUAAAAAGGAAAAAAAAGUAUUUUUUGGAUAAACUGUAUUUAAUGUACUGUAUGCUUAUAUGUAAUUAGAAGGCGUGUCACUGAACGAUCCUGUUUUCAGUUUCGCCCGCCCCACCCCCCACCCCCCUUGCCCUCAAGAGUUGCAGCCUGUUUCCAUUGCGAGCAACAUGUCCGUUACUGAGCGUUGUAUUAUAGCUGUCAGCUUUUUAUGAAUAUUGGCUUUUCCGUGAGCCACUGUAGUCUUCAGUACACGUGUGUGGUUGUAUGUGUAAAGCGGAUUCCUUUCUCUUUUCUAUGCUUCUCUUAUUCUUUGUCUGUUCUGGUUUCUCUGUCAAAAAUCCGAACCACGGACCACUGCGGGAGAUACAACAGCGACCCUUUUCACGUGGUUUAACUUAUCCAAUCAACGCAAGGCACUGAAACUGGAAAAGAAUAUAUAAGAAAAUCAAUAUAUAUAAAUGUAUAAAUAUAUACGAUAUAUAAGGAUGGUGCCAUUUUCAAAGGAGAGAUUGUUUGAGGGAAGAGUUAUUUUCUCAAAGCCUGGCAGAAACACACUCCAGUGUUACUUUUUCAAGAGACAUGGCUUGUAUUGACCCUUGAUGUGCCAUGACAUCACAUCGUACGGCAUUCGCCACAGGACAAAAGGGACCGGAGACCCAUCUGCUCCACUCACUGCUAAUCAGCUGUUAAGGAAACACAGACAUUUGUAAAUUGUAUGCAACAAAUGCAAACUUACCAUUAUUUUGAAAUUGUGUAUGUAAAAGUUAUAUUUUUACAUGUAGACUGUUGUUAUUUUGUGUUUAGAACUACGUUGUACCAGUUUUUUGUUGAAAGACGAAAAAAUAAUUCAGUGUGUGUUGAAAAUGUGUCACAUUGAAAUGUAGUGAGGUCAAAAGCUUCAAAAAUCAAUUCUUUUUUAAAUGUUAUGUUUAUAUUUCCGGGAACAUUUUUUGGGGGGAGGGGGGGGUGUAAAACAGAACAAAAUAAGGUAUAUAAAAUUUGUUUCAUGCUCCAUGUUCAUUACAUUGCCAUUUUUAAUUGUAUUUUUGGAGGAAAUAUGUAAAUAGUCAUAACACAAAAGGGUUCAUGUGAUUUUGGUUGGGUGAUGACUUGCUGACAGUCGAGCGAUGCGGAUGGAUCAAUUGUAUUCUUGCCACUUUAUCCCACUGGUCAUUGUAGCAUGGUGCCAAAAUCAGCGCUCAGAGGCAUUAAUUUGUGUUUAUAAAAGUUCAGAACUCACAGAACCGCUGCACUGCCCACUUUGAGUGACUGAACCGACUGACUUUGUUGGUGCGCAUAAUUCCAGAAGGGUCUGAAGCGACUGAUGCAAUUUUUACCUGAGGGAACUAUUAUGAACUACAGAAAAGAUGCUUUGUAUUUCAUUCAAUCAAGCCCUCGUUUUGAAGAAUUUGAAUGGAGAAUGUCCAGGAGACCGUUCUGUAGGUCUUUUCAGAGUACAAUAAAACUAAAAACAGGUGUUUUUUUCAACGUUUGGGGUUUUCUGUGCGAAUGACAACAUUUGUUUCCUUCACCAGUCUCAACAUCUGGCUCGCUCUCCUUUGACUCCAAUCAAAGGCUGGGUCCUGAGCCUCAAAGUAUUUAACAAUUAUUGUGUACUCUUAUUCUGCAGUGAUUUUAAUUAUGGCAACCAAUGGUUUUGCUUAUUUUGAUAUGUAUUCCAGUGGGAGCAAAACCAGGUUCUGAUUUCCAUAAAGGAUUUGCAAUGGGAAAUGUCUGUUCUUUUUUCUUUUCUUUUUUUUUUUUUUGUAGUUUUUGUUUUUACUUUUGCGUUUUAUAUGUCAGAAACAAGCAUUCCGGCAACACAAGACACACCACAAACACAGCUGAUAUUUGGUAAUUUGGCAAAGCAUUUUUCAGUACACAAAGAAUGAAAAAAUCUGCAUUCAAUAUGAAUGGUUUUAGCUGCACACUAGUUAGUUGCUCAUGUGAUUCUAGUUUUGUAAGUAUUUAGACUACAUAUGUGAGUGACUAUGUACUGAACAAUCACGAAGCCUGGCUUGCCUUUUUAACAAGUGGCUACAGUUAUAAGACAGGUUACAAUGAAUCAUUCGCACCCACUGCCAAAUAAAGCAAAACGGAAAACAUGUCCUGCCAGUGUUACCGCGACUGUCAAUGGUUAGGGAGCCACUUCCAUUUCAGCUCGUAAUCGGUCUCAGCUUGGCAAAAAAAAGUAACAUAUUAACUAUUAUUUGAGAAUAUUUAAUUGAUCCAUCUCCAUUUCUCUUACAAUAAUGAUGCCUAAAAUUGUUCAAAGUUUGGGGAUGGAAAAAUAUGGGUUCCAUUUGCCAUGAUUGUAGUUACAGUGGAUAUUGGAAAGGAGCAAUAUGGAUGGUUUGAUAUGUUUGGUGAUGUGCAUAUGAUGAGCCAUAUCUGUGUGCUGGAAAUGUGUAACGGUUAGUGCUACUGUACCUUGGAUGUAAAACACAGUACAGGGAACAAAGAACUAUGGCCAAGUGGCUAGAGAGAUAGGGUAAGAUCAGGAGGUUCAUGGUAGACUGUUUUGCCACACAAGUCACACUGAUCGGCGUACACCAUCAACCAUCAAAUUAUUGAUUUGGACCGCAGUUCUCCUUUGAAGCCAGUAAAUUUGGAAUUAUUGAUUUGGACAGCAGUUCUCCUUUGAAGCCAUUAAAUUUGGAAUUAUUGAUUUGGACAGCAGUUCUCCUUUGAAGCCAUUAAAUUUGGGGAAUUAUUGAUUUGGACCACAGUUCUCCUGUGAAGUCAGUACAUUUGGGGAAUUAUUGAUUUGGACCACAGUUCUCCUGUGAAGCCAGUAAAUUGUCAAUCAAUCGAGGGAUGCAACUUGUUCCAAUCCAGUCUUCCGUGUUGUUUUCAUUAGUCCCUGGCCAGGUUUUAGUUCAUUCUUUCCUUCCAUUACCUAAGUGGCGUUGGAGAGAUGUGAAACGCGGAGAGAGUCGUUUUUAUCUUUAGAGGAAUCGCAGCGAACGGGCGAAACAAACAACAACAUGAAUGGAAGCUGAUCACCUGUCUCCAUCCAAAAUGAAUCAUGAACAAGCACAAAGUGUAUACAAUUAACUGACUGGAAAAUAUAAAGUAAUAUAUAUGUACAAAUUGCAAAGUAUAAUAGAAAUAAACAGAAGGCACCAUGGCUUCUAGGCCUACCUGUUUUACUUGGGUAGCCAUUUUUCUUUCUUAUGUAUUUUAAUUCAUCCGUGUGCAGUGCUGAAUAAACAUGUUCAUUUCAGAGUAUUAUAGACAUAUGUAAUGGUGAAAAUAUAUGAACUGUGGCCUUUUUCAUUCUUCUUGUUACUUGUGAUGCAAUUAAGUGAAGAAAAAAAUAAGCAGAGAAUUACCCUGUAUCAGUGCCUGGCUUUUUGUUAUAAAGCUUCCUUUGUCUAGUGCUCUUUUGCUAUGAAAUAGACUAGUGCACCCUAUUAUAGAAAAAAAAAAACCUAAAUUUAAAACAAGAUAUAUUUGGCUUAUUUUUUGCAGGGGCAAUCCUUUUAUACCAGGAAUAUUGAAGAAAUAAUAAUAAAAAAAAAUUAAUAAUAAAAACGUCAGAUUCUGAAUAUUCCACUUUGUAGAUUUUUGGAAUCAUUCAAAAGUAAAAGUUUGUUACUUUAUUUUACUAUUUAAAGAUGUUAUUUUACCAUGUGUUACUGAGACGAAACUGUACGGUGUUUUCCGUGAUGGGCCGCAGUUUGCCGCGCGUGGUCUCAUCCGUACCUGCAGCAGUGAUUCAAAUUAAUAAAUAACAGUUACACUUUCUUUCCAAUGUGUGGCUGAGUGCCUCAAACUUUUUUUCAUGUACUUUGGUGUUUUUUUUUUGUUGGUUUUUUUCUUUGCUAUUUUUUGUUUUAUUUGACUUUUUUCUUAAUUAUUGUUUAUUUCUGUUGUAUUUUUACUUUACGUUUCAAUGAUUAUUGUUGUUAUUAUUAUUAUUACUUUUUCAGAUUAGUAGAAGUGUCCAAACAGGUUGUGUGCUGGAGUCUCCCUUCAGGCCAGCUCAUUGUAGGCCAUUGCCUGUUGUUUUUCAUCUGUAGUUAUUCAAUGAAGUCAUGUACAUGACCGUUCUGUAGCAAUAAAUGUGCCAUUUUUAUAA